AAAGAGGUCCUCGAUGAGGCUAAAAAAAAAAAAAAAAAAGUCGAGGUGACGUUGACCUUUAGAAAAAAAGACAUGAACGGAGUUUAGAAAGAUUUCCUCGCAAAGGGAAGAAAAAAAAAAAAGGCAGCAGCCUUUUUCUGGUUUCUCUUACUAUUAUUCGAUUUAUUCCUAUUGCUGCUAUUCAGUCAUGAAGUUUAUUAUUAAAGGUGGUGUUUGGAAAAACACAGAGGACGAAAUUUUGAAAGCUGCCGUUAGUAAAUACGGUAAAAAUCAAUGGGCUCGUAUCUCUUCAUUGUUGGUACGAAAAACACCAAAGCAAUGUAAAGCAAGAUGGUACGAAUGGUUAGAUCCUAGUAUUAAAAAGACGGAAUGGUCAAAAGAAGAAGACGAAAAAUUACUUCACUUGGCCAAAUUGAUGCCAACACAAUGGCGUACGAUUGCACCCAUCGUAGGCCGUACACCAGCUCAAUGUUUAGAACGUUAUCAACGCUUGCUAGAUGAAGCGGAAGCUCGCGAAUCAGAUCGUUCAGCUGAACUAGGCCUCACUGGCGCUGCAGGCCACGAAACUGGUCCCAGUGCUGACGAUGUACGUAAACUAAGACCAGGCGAAGUCGACCCCGAACCAGAAACAAAGCCAGCCAGACCGGAUCCUGUCGAUAUGGACGAAGACGAAAAAGAAAUGUUGUCAGAAGCACGUGCGAGAUUAGCCAACACACAGGGUAAAAAAGCCAAGCGAAAGGCAAGAGAAAGACAGUUGGAAGAAGCGAGAAGAUUGACAGCCCUUCAGAAACGAAGAGAGUUGAAAGCAGCCGGUAUUCAUAUGCGUAUGAAACAAAAGAAAAACGUCAUGGAUUACAAUACAGAUAUACCCUUUGAAAAGAAGCCUGCCUUGGGUUUCUACGACACCACCGAAGAAGCCAACAGAAAAGUCGAUCCUGGAAAGCUCACCAACGUCCAUCUAUCCAAACUGAACAGACGACGUGCUGAUAUCGAAGACGAAAAGAACCGAGAAAAGAAACGAAAAGCCAAGCAAAAUCAAAAAAACAACGCACCCCAAGGCAAUCAGGGACGAUUUGUGGCUGCUAAAAAUGCACAAAAGAUUGUACAAAUGCAAGAACAAGAGCAAAUCGCUAAACGUCGUAAGCUUGUCUUGCCUGCUCCUCAGGUAGGCGAACAAGAAUUGGAGGAAAUCGUAAAGACGGGUUUUGCUGGCGAAACUGCCAAAACCUUGGUCUUGGACAACGACGUGGAUGCCACGGAAGGUUUGGUGAGCGAUUAUUCCUUCACUCCCGCCGGUCGCAUCGCCACUGCCACAAGAACGCCUAGAGCUCCUCCCAGCAACGAUCAUUUAUUGAUUGAAGCCAGAAAUCUCAAAGCCCUCAGUACAGCACAGACACCGUUGUUAGGCGGAGAAAAUGCUUCCUUGGAAGGAGGCACAGGUUUUGAAGGCAUCGCGCCCAAAUCCCAAGCCAUUCAAACACCCAAUCCUUUGGCCACCCCUCUCCGCCAUCCCUCGGCCACUCCCUUUGGCAAGACCCCCAUGGAUACCCCUUUCAGAACGCCUCGUGAAGAAAAACUAUCACACCUACAACGUAAAAAGACCUUGCUCCAAGGCCUGGCGAGCUUGCCUAAGCCUCGUAACGAGUGGGAAAUCAGACUGCCCGACAUAGAAUCGAACGCUUCUACUGCCACCACCACCGACGCGAACACCAGCAUGGCCGUCGAAGACAUGAGUGAUCUGGAAAGAGAACAGAAAGAAGCAGAGGAAAAGGAAGCCAAAGAACGUGCUCUGCGUCGUUCAUUGCCUGUCCAACUCAAUUUACCACGUCCUUCCACAGCUGUCACCGAUCUGACCGCCGAUGAGGAGUUGGACCCAGUGGAAAAGAUGAUUGCCGAAGAAUUACAGCGCUUACUGAAGCACGACGCUGUGAAAUACCCUGUGGCAGGUGGCAAGGUCGCCCCAGGUGCCACUCGAUUACCAGAAGACCUGGAACACUUGGAGGACGAGUUUGACUCGAUCACUUUACAAGAGGCACGUCAAGAAUUAGAUAAAGACAUCCGACGUCAUUUGGGACUCGACGACAAGGACGAUAUCAAAAAAGCGGUAUGGGAUCAUCUGUCCGCUCAUCCACACUUUGAACAACAAUGGAAUCAACAACAUUGUCAGCUUCUCUUUUCUGCCAAGUAUAACCGAUUCAUGACAGAAGACGAGAUGGACGAUGAAAAAGAUAAAAUUCAAGGUUUAAGCAAAAUGAUCGAGGCGAGUCGUCAAACCAUGGUCAGAGAUGCUACAAAAGCUGGUAAAUUAGAGAAUAAAUUGGACGUGAGAUUAGGUGGUUAUAUGGCCAGAUCAAAGACAUUAUCACAACAGUUGAUCGAUGCCUUUGAAGAAUACGAAGCAGCACAAGUCGAGUACCAAAGCUUUGUCAACUUGCAAAUCGCUGAAAAGGCCGCCAUCCCCAGACGUGUCGAAGCGCUUGAAGAAGAAGUCUACAAGUUGGCUUCCAGAGAAAGAGAAUUGCAACAAAAAUACAAAGACCUUUAUGAUGAAAAGGUGGCCCUCUGUACCUAAGAAUGACCAUCCUAUCUCCCUGUUUGCAUGCCUCAUCCUCACGUAGUCUUCAUUUUGAUGCUUCUUUCUUUUUUCUCUCGUGGACAAUGUAUGUCCUUCCACUGUAACCCCCUAUUUAAAAGAACAAAAAUUCCUCAUUUACAAUCAUCAAUAAAACAGUAGUUGCAAGAAACGCAAAACGACGUUCUGUCAUGGCUGUCUAUGCCGUGCACGGCCCUCCAUACUAUCUCACGUGAUCACUCUCACGAUGACGACUCUCCACAUCUUUAGACAACUCUAUUCAAAUUCUGCCUUAAAUCGUCGUUUUAGGACGCAUAUUUAGAAAUGGCACAAAAUUUCAAUAUCCGAGUUCCUUUUUUUCCCUCCUCUGCUU